CAAAGCAUCUGCUGAUGGUCAGACUCUGAGCUCAAACCUAGUCCAGUUCAGAGAUAGAGAGCAAGAAAUUACAAUGGAAGCCUCGGAAAUGCAGCAGCACUUUGAAGGUGGACGAGCAUCUUAUAAGGAAUCCAAACGGGGAGGGUGGACUACCUUUCCCUUCAUCAUAGGAAGUAUGAUGGCUCUCUCGAUAGCAGUCGGUGGGUGGGCGUCGAAUCUGAUAGUGUUUCUAAUAACAGAGUUUCAUGUGAAAAGCAUAUCCGCUACAAAAAUAAGCAACGUUGUCCUCGCUUGCAGCAGUCUCUUCCCCAUUGCCGGUGCCAUCAUUGCCGAUUCUUUCUUCGGCUCUUUCCCUGUCGUUAGCAUCUUCGCCUUCGUUUCCUUACUGGGUACGAUCAUGUUCACCCUAAUCGCAACAAUACAGUCCUUCACCCCAUCACGAUGUGCAAUCGGCUCAUCUACGUGUGAAAGCCCAUCAAAUCUUCAAUAUGCAGUGCUGUAUAUGACCUUAACGCUGGCAUCAAUGGGGUCUGGAGGCACACGCUUCACAAUUGCGACCAUGGGAGCCGAACAGUUUGACAAGCCCAAAGAUCAAUCCGCUUUCUUUAGCUGGUAUUAUCUCACCUUGUACGUUGCAAAUGUAAUCAGCUUCACUGCCAUUAUCUAUGUUCAGGAUAACAUUGGCUGGGGAUUAGGGUUUGGUAUAUGUGCCAUUGCAAAUGCCAUUGGUUUGGCUGCUCUUGUAUUGGGAAAGAGGUUCUAUCGCCGCGUUAAGCCAAAAGGAAGCCCUUUCAAGAGCAUAGCUCGUGUGGUGGUUGCAGCAAUUAGGAAAAGGAAAACAUCUGCAACUUUUGGAAGCCAUGAAGAUUAUUAUUUUGGAACCACUGGGAAUUACAUGUUAAAAUAUUUGGAAGACAGGGUACCAACUAAAAGAUCAUUCAGAUUCUUGAAUCGUGCAGCUCUAAAGACUGAAAGUGACAGGAAAUCAGACGGCUCGUAUGCAAGAUCAUGGAGGCUAUGCACCAUGGAAGAAGUGGAAGACCUCAAAAACCUACUGACCAUCAUCCCAGUCUGGUCUACUGGCAUUUUCCUAAGUACCUCGAUAGGUGUUUUUAAUAGCCUUACAAUCCUGCAGGCCCUAACCAUGGACCGACACCUUGGGCCUAAUUUCAAAAUCCCAGCCGCAUCAUUCCUAGUGUUCAACCUCUUAGCUACAGCAAUAUCAAUCUUCGUCAUAGAUUGUUUAAUCCUCCCCACGUGGCAAAAUCUAACUCACAGACCUAUAACACCUCUCCGACGUAUUGGAAUUGGCCACUUCAUCAACAUCAUUGCAUUGGUGGGGUCAGCCCUAAUCGAAACUAGAAGACUCCACGUGGCCCAGACCCAUGAAGUGCUCGAGGGCUCGAUUGUCCCCAUGUCAGCCUCAUGGCUCGUGCUGCCAUUGGCCGUCUUGGGCAUUAGCGAGGGUUUCCAUUUCCCAGGAACAGUUGCAUUGUAUUAUCAAGAAUUUCCAGAGGCACUAAAAAGUACGUCCACAGCUAUGGUAUCGUUACUGAUCGGAAUUGGGCUCUUUCUAAGCACGAUAGUUACAGACUUGAUAGAUAGAACCACAAGAUGGUUACCGGAUAAUAUUAACAACGGGCGAUUGGAUUGUGUGUUCUGGACGUUGGUGGUUAUAGCAACUGUCAAUUUUGGUUACUUCUUAAUUUGUGCCAGGUUUUUCAAGUACCAAAAUGUUGAAGAUCGUGAAGACCUUGACGAUGGAACUUCGGGGCUGCCUCAAUAAUAAGGUCGUGACGUCGACGGUGGAGAUGAUUUUUGUGGCGACCUGGGGUUUUUACGCAAAUACUUACGUGCACGCACAUGCUUUCCGUUGAUGGAGAAGUUGGCUUUGUUCUU